AAGUCUCUGGCCAAGCUUGCCAAAACUCAUGGCCCCAUAAUGAGUCUAAAACUGGGCAACUUAAUCACAAUUGUAGUUUCCUCAACAGACAUGGCUAGGGAAGUUCUUCAGAAGAAUGACCCUGUCUUCUCUGACCGAACCGUUCCUGAUGCCGUCCGAGCUCACCAGCAUCAUGAAUUUGGGCUGCCUUUUGUACCCGUUUCCCCUCUUUGGAGAAGCCUUCGCAAAGUAUGCAAUUUGCAUAUCUUUUCUAGUCAGAAACUUGAUGCCAAUCAGCACCUGCGGCGCAGGAAAGUUGAACAACUCCUCGCCACGGUUCGAGAUAGUGGCCGUCUUGGCGAGGCAGUGGAUAUAGGUCAAGCAGCUUUCAGUGCUAUAGUAAAUUUGUUGUCUAAUAGCAUUUUCUCUGUGGAUUUGGCUGACUCAAAUGCACAAAGUUCGCUAGAGUUCAAGAAAACUGUUUGGAGUAUCAUGGAAGAGGCAGGAAAGCCUAACCUGGCUGAUUACUUUCCUUUGCUCAGAAAGAUUGAUCCGCAAGGUAUAAGGCGCAGGAUGACUGUUCAUUUUGGGAAGUUACUCGAGCUUUUUGAUAGAAUGUACGAUCAGCGGUUGCAGCUGAGGAAAGGCAAGGGUUUUGCCACAACAAAUGAUGUCUUGGACACUCUAAUCGACAUCACUGAAGGCAAGACAGAGGAGUUGAAUAGAACACAAACAAUCCAUUUGUUAAAGGUGUUAUUUGUUGCUGGAACUGAUACAAUUUCAAGCACAUUGGAGUGGGCAAUGGCAGAAUUACUCCACAGCCCGGAGGUUUUAUUGAAAGCCAAGGAAGAGUUAGAGAAAGCUAUUGGCAAAGCAAAGUGGGUUGAGGAAUCACACGUUGAUCGCUUGCCAUACUUGCGAGCUAUCAUCAAAGAAACCUUCAGAAUGCACCCAGCAGUUCCUCUGUUAAUCCCACGUAAAGCUGGGCCUAAUGCAGAAAUCUGUGGCUUUACAGUGCCAGAGGGUGCACAAGUGCUGGUCAAUGUAUGGGCUAUAGGGAGGGAUCCGAGUGUUUGGGAGAUGCCAAACUCUUUUAUGCCAGAGAGGUUCUUAAAUUCAGCAAUAGAUGUCAAAGGCAGAGACUUUGAGCUAAUUCCAUUUGGUGGAGGGCGGCGGAUAUGUCCUGGAUUGCCUCUGGCAAUAAGAAUGCUGCAUUUGAUGUUGGGUUCUCUUAUAAACUGCUUUGAUUGGAAGCUUGAAGAUGGAGUCACGCCAGAGAACAUGAACAUGGAAGAAAAGUUUGGCAUCACAUUACAGAAAGCCAAACCCCUGCGUGCUAUCCCCAUUCCUGUAUAGUGAUAAAGCCAAACUACUUUGUUUGUUCUGUAAUAAACUAAAUCCAAAAUCUCCUUGUCUUCUUCUGUGUUUACCUUAUCGUCCUGUGUUCAUUUUCGUAUGUAUUUUUCUGCUAUCAAGGUUGAAUUUUGAACUUUCUUGGCUUGAAGGAACUGUUUGCUACAAUGAUUGGUAGUGGUUUUAUUCAAUUUAAUAAAUAAGGAUAUUUAAAAUCAUUAACCACUAAUUUUAACAUGUUAUAUUAAACGGCAAUGCGUGACUAUGGUUGUUGGUGCUUCUUCCCAGUUGCAAAAGUAAAGGAGCACUUUAUGGUAACAUGUCUACCCUGCCAUCAACCCACUUUGAUAUCUUGCUUGAAUGUCUCUAUGUCUCUAGCAUUUAAUCUAGUUGAAAACAGAUUAGUAGAGAGUUCAGUUUAGAAAAAUGCUAAUUUUCUGCUACAUGGACGUUUAUAUCACUGGAAAAAGCACCGGAAGGUAUGGAUAGCAAAUUGAAAUUUAGCUAUCAACAAAGUGGGCACUUUGGCUAUGGAGGUUAAUAUAGAGGGGAUGAGGUAAAGGUUGAUACAGUGCUCGAUGGACCAUGAACGGAUGGAGGUGAGACAAAGCAAUUGUUUGCUAAUCUAGUAAAGGCCGUGGAUGGAAGUACUAAGAGGCAGAGCAGGGCGAUUCAAGACAAAGUGCACGAUUUUAGUUUUGGUAAUGAUUUUGAUAGCUCUUCAUUGGAUGAAAUGAUUGUGUUUUACUGUUUUUGAUGCAAUUGAACUAGUGUUUGUUUUGUUUAGAAACUUUUUCGGAGUGCGGGUUUCACAGAGUGGCAGAGUGAAUUCCUUCUGGGCAUGCCCACCAGAUGUUUGAUGAUUUGCCUAAGUGGGGUUAGGAUAAAUUGCUGAUUUAAGUUUUUGGCUUUGGUGCAUUUGAAAUGUUUGUCCUAGCCUUGUUGAUCAGUCUUUCAACAAAUAUAAUGAUGCGAUCUUC